AUGGGCAACCGAAAAUCACGACCGAAACGUACUCAGCCGCUUGGUAAAGUUUCUCGACUAAAAAGCACUCCACCGUCCGUGCAAGUUAAGGCAACUAGUACUCUUAAAAGUUCACGUAACUUUGAUCGUUGUCCAGAAAAUCCAAAUGAAUUUGCACAUAAUUUAAAUAGUCCAUUACCGAUGAGAACAGUCAACGAGCCAGUAAUACUUGUCUGGCUUGAUUCACGUAUAGAUGACACUGUUUUUGAUACGCGUCUCACAAAACAUAUGCUUGGGACAUUGAUUGCUAAUGAUUCUCUUCAUUCAUUCACGAAUACAACCGAUUGCCUCGAGUUUAUGACGCAACGACAAGAUACAAUCGAAACAAUAUUUUUAAUUAUGUCUGGGGAGUGUUCUCGCGAAUUGCUCAGUAAACUUGAUCACCGCACAUACAAUAUAAUCGCUUCAAUGUUCAUCUUUUGCUUAGACGAGCAUAGAUACGAGUCGAUAUUGAAUGACCAUAAGAAACUAGUUGGAAUUUACAAGGAGCAAACCAAAUUACUCGAAGCGAUUCGUCGACAAGUACAGUUGCUAGAACGGUUCAAUCUUCUCUCCAAAUUCUACAAUGAUUCUCAGAAGACGGCACGUAAUAUUGUGAAAGAUGAAGACUCCAUAGAAUUUCUCUGGUUUCGUAUGUUCAAAGAAACGCUUUUACGCUUUCCACAAACAGAAAAUGCUAAAAAAAGUAUGAUUGAUCGAUGUCGGCUUUUGUAUCGAUUUGAUCCGACUGCGCUUGAACAAAUCAAUGAGUUUGAAAAGGGAUAUGUGUCGAACAAUGCAUUACAUUGGUAUACACGCGAUUCAUUUCUCUAUCGCAUGAUUAAUAAAGCCAUGCGCACAGAAGAUACUGACGAAAUAUUUAUGUUGCGAUAUUUUAUUAUCGAUUUAUGUAAAGCUCUGAAGAAAACGAAGUUAACGACUGUAACGACCCACGACUUGUUAUACUACCGUGGAUAUAAGUUACCAUCUGACAAAGUCGAAGAAUUUCAAUGGAAUGAGGGUAAUCUUGUUUCAAUUAAUGCUUUUUGCUCGGCCACACGUCGACGUGAUAUUGCUGAGAUAUACGCAGGCGUUGGUACUUCGACGGACGAAAUCGAUGAUGUAUCCGUAGUCUUCGAAAUUGAAAUUUACUCGCGUAGCAGUCAAGAAGCUGUAUUCGCUGAUUUACAUGGUAUCAGUGCUUUUCCAGAUGAAGAAGAAGUUUUAUUCGAUUUUGCUACCGUGUUUCGAGUGAAAAAGGUAACCUUUGAUGAACAACAAAAGUGUUUAUCAAUCAGAUUGCUCGUUGAUGACCAAUGGAAAACAAGUGUUGAUCCGUUUUACUCACACUUUUCCAACUUUCAAAGUCAGCUUCCGUGUGAAAUAGUCUAUAUCAUCAACUUGGUCAAUGCUGGUGAAUACAAAAAAGCAUAUAGUUACUCUUUGAUUCUAAUGAAGAUGAAUGACAAUCAAAUAUUUAUAACAAUGAUGCAACCUUUUCUUCACUCUUUGGUUUGUUUGGAAAACGGCGACAACAGAGCUAUCGAAUACAUGUCUGAGAGUCAUCGAAUAAUAUCUUGCAUGACUACGAUUCCAAUAACAGACCAAUAUAUACUCCAGAAUAUAUGUCCAGAGCUAUUGAAUAUCAAUCUGAUGUUGAAGAAGCUCAUCACGGGUUAUUUCUUGACAUAUAUUGGAAGUGUGCUUUUGAGCUUGGGCGAAUGGACCGUUGGGAUAGAUAAUCUUCGGGACGGAUGGAAAAAUGUACGUCAAUCGGUAACUUUCUGCGCUAAUAAAGAGUAUUCGAUGUGGAUGGAUCGUAUAAUCGAUUGCUUGCAAGCACAAAAAAUCUUUGAAUAUAUGAAACUAAUAAAGGACUUCUCACGUGUAUUUAAUUCGCCAGAAACCUCUUUUCUAUCAUUAUUCAUGAAACAAGAGCUUCCAGAUUAUAUCAAAACAAAUAUGCCACACCUAUUGAAGCUCUUUGGGUAUGAUCCAUGGAUUAAUUAUCUUUUAUGGAUACAUUCAGGUAAUGCUUGGCUUGCCCGAUAUACACUUGAAGAGGGAAACUACUUGGACGCGUUGGGAUAUUUGAAAGCCAGUUUAAAUGAAGCGAUCAACGUUAAUGUGGCUCACAGCAACAUCCAAUGUUAUAUCCAAUUUCUCUUCGCAUCCGUGUACCUUCACAUGCAUCAACAUGAGGAAUCACUCGAGCACCUCAAACAUAUUGAUGCUAUUGUUGACAAGUUAAAAUCACAUGCUUCUCCAAACAUUCGUUCGUGCUGUCUCAUUUUAUAUGGUCUCAUCAAUCUACUUGAUGGAAAGCCUAAAGAGGCGUUUAAUUGUGUACUCCGAGCACAAACUGUUCAUUUGCAAGCCAAUAAUUAUCUCGAUAGGCCGCCAACGCCUCUUACUCUUUGGAAUAUGUGUCAUGUACAUAAGCAAUACUCACUAUCUCGUACACGUCGAAUUAGACUUGAACGCUACAUGAGCCAGUGUUUCGAUAUUUUUGAGCUCGAUAAGCGCUUUCGUGGUGGCAGCAACGACAAUCGUUAUAGACGUCUUCUCGCCUAUGCCGAGCAAAUUCAAAAAGAUCGGCAGCAGUCAGUUGAAUUCCGACUGUGAUAUUCGUGAAUAACUGUUGCAACGGACACAGUAGAUGAUGACAAUUGUAAGAGCUAACAGUAAACGACCAAUCCGUUACGAUCCAAUAGAGGAUUCCUUACCAAUCAAUACACAUAAGGAUGUGGGUGUGGAUGUGUGAGUGGGUGGGUGUGGAUGUGUGGGUGUGGGU